CGCAGUUUUCGGCUGUAAACACUGGGUUGAAUCCUAGUGCUUCUCUUACGUUAUUGAGUUUGUAUUUGAAACACCAGAAAGAGCAUAGCUUAAAGAUGCACAUCAAGUCAAUUAUCCUUGAUGGAUUCAAGUCCUACGCGCAGAGGACCGAGAUCAAUGGCUUUGACCCGCUGUUCAACGCCAUCACAGGACUUAACGGCAGCGGAAAGUCGAAUAUUUUGGACUCUAUAUGUUUUCUUUUGGGCAUUUCCAAUCUAAGUCAUGUUCGAGCCUCCAACCUCCAGGACUUGGUUUACAAAAAUGGACAGGGUGGUAUCACCAAGGCCACUGUGUCUAUUACCUUUGACAACUCCAACAAAAGCCAGAGUCCUCUGGGGUUUGAAACCCAUGAUGAGAUCACCAUCACCAGACAGGUGGUAAUUGGUGGCAGAAACAAAUACCUCAUCAAUGGGGUCAAUGCCAACAACACCAGGGUGCAGGACUUGUUCUGCUCAGUUGGCCUCAACGUCAACAACCCACAUUUCCUCAUCAUGCAGGGGAGGAUCACCAAAGUCCUUAAUAUGAAACCACCAGAGAUCCUGGCCAUGAUUGAGGAGGCAGCAGGAACCAGGAUGUAUGAAUGUAAAAAGAUCAGUGCUCAGAAGACCAUUGAGAAGAAAGAGGCCAAGCUUAAGGAGAUUCAGACUAUUUUGGAUGAGGAAAUUACCCCAACCAUGCAGAAACUGCAAGAGGAAAGAUCAUCGUAUCUGGAGUACCAGAAACUCAUGCGUGAAAUUCAGCACUUGUCAAGGCUGUAUGUGGCCUGGUUGUUUGUGUGCGCAGAGGAGACCAAGGUGAAGUCAGCAGAGAAUCUGAAGGUGAUGCAGGACAACAUCAACAAAAUGCAAGCCAGCAUGGCCGAAAACGAGAGCAAAAUCCAGGAGCUGUCAGCCCAGAUUCAGGAGCUACAGAAGAAAAAAGACCAGGAGGUGAAUGGAGUAUUAAAAUCUCUGGAGGAAACUUUGGCUGAUGUUCAACGUGUGGAUGCCAAAGCUCAAAGUGCAUUUGAUGUCAAAAAACAGAAUCUUAAAGAUGAAACCAAGAAGAGGAAAGAGCUUGUUAAGAGUAUGGAGGAGGACAAGAAGAUGCUUGUGGUUAAAGAAAAAGAGGUUUCUAAGCUGACAGAGCAGCUUCAGGCUGUACAGGAGGAAGGGCAGAAAGACAAUGCUGCUCUUAAUGCAGCUGAGCAGCAUUUUAAGGCUGUGUCUGCAGGUCUGUCCACCAAUGAGGAUGGAGAGGAGGCCACGCUGGCUGGGCAGAUGAUGACCUGCAAGAAUGACAUGAGCAAGGCUGACACUGACGCCAAGCUGGCCCAAAUGACCCUGAAGCAUGCCCAGGCUGAGCUGAAGACAAAACAGGCAGAGGUGAAAAAAAUGGACAGCGGCUACAAAAAAGAUCAGGACGCCCUGCAAGCUGUGAAAAGCAACAGUGGGAAACUGCAGGCUGAGUUAGCCAAACUCAACUAUCAAGAUGGGAAGGAGGAGAGUCUGUUGGACAAAGGAAGACAGCUGUCCAAAGAAGUCACUUCACUUAAAGAGACCUAUGAGCGCCUCGUGUCUCGCUUCCCCAACUUGCGCUUUGACUACAAGGACCCUGAGCGAGGAUGGGACCGCAGCAAAGUGAAGGGACUGCUCGCCAACUUGAUCUCAGUCCCUGAUGUCUCUUACGCGACAGCACUCCAGGUGGUGGCAGGAGGACGACUCUAUAACAUCGUAGUCGACACAGAGACGACGGGUAAAAAGCUGCUGGAGAAGGGAGAGCUGCAGCGGAGAUACACCAUCAUACCUCUAAACAAGAUCUCUGCCAAGACGCUCAAUGACAAAGUGAUCAACACCGCCAAGAGCCUGGUCGGAAAAGACAACGUCCACACGGCUCUGUCCCUGGUGGGCUAUGAAUCUGACCUGCGUAAGGCUAUGGAGUAUGUGUUUGGCUCCACGCUGGUUUGUGACACCCUGGACAAUGCCAAAAAAGUGGCUUUUGAUAAACAGGUGAUGACCAAGACUGUCACCCUUGGAGGAGACAUCUUUGACCCACAGGGAACUCUGAGUGGAGGAGCUCGUUCCCAGUCAGGGUCAGUGCUGGCCAGUCUGCAGGAGCUGAAGGACAUUCAGGACAAGUUGAAUGAAAAGGAAGUCCAGCUGCAGCAAACUGAGCAGGAGUUGGCCAAACUGAAGGGAACUGCUGAGAAGUACCGUCAUCUAAAGCAGCAGUAUGAGCUGAUGGUGGAGGAAGAACAGAUUCUGCAGGCCAAGCUGCAGCAGAGCUCCUUCCACCAGCAGCAAGAGCAGCUGGAGAGGCUGCGCAAGGCCAUUGAGGAGAGUGAGGAGACUCUGCGUGUCACCAAGGAUGUGCAGAAGCGAGCUGAAGAAAAAUACAAGUUGCUGGAGAACAAGAUGAAGAAUGCUGAGGCAGAGAGGGAGAAGGAGCUGAAAGCCGCACAGCAGAAACUCAAUGCUGCCAAGGCCAAAGCCGAUGCCUUUAAUAAGAAGCUGAAGCAGAAGCAGCAGGAAUCUGACGCUGUGGCCCUGGAGCUGGAGGAGCUGCGGAAGGAGCAGGCUGGUUAUGAGCAGCAGAUCCAAGCUGUUGACGAGGCCAUGAAGGCAAUUCAGGAGCAGAUAGACAGCAUGGCCUGCACUGUAUCUCAGAACAAGGAGGCAGUGCGUAACGCCCAGGAGGAACUUUCCAAACAGAAAGAAGUGAUCAUGGUUCAGGACAAAGAACUCAAGGCGAAGAGCACCGAAGCCAACAAGGUAAGGGAGCAGAACAACGAAGCCCAGCUGAAGAUUAAGGAGCUCGAGCACAACAUUAGUAAACACCGCAAAGACAGCAAGGACGCUGCUGACAAGGUCACUCGGAUGCUGGAGGAAAACGACUGGAUCCCAGCAGAGCGUCAGUUCUUCGGCCAGCCCAACACUUCUUAUGACUUUAAGACCAACAACCCCCGCGAGGCUGGCCAACGGCUGAAGAAGCUGGAGGAGACCACCUCUAAGCUGGAGAUGAACGUCAAUAAGAGGGCCAUGAACAUGCUGAACGAGGCAGAGGAAAGGUACAAUGACCUGAUGAAGAAGAAGAGGAUUGUGGAGAAUGACAAAGCAAAAAUCCUGCAGACCAUCGAGGAGCUGGAUGAGAAGAAGAACGAGGCUCUCAACGUGGCUUGGCAGAAGGUGAACAAGGACUUUGGCUCCAUUUUCUCCACUCUGCUGCCAGGAGCCACUGCUAAGCUGGCUCCUCCACAUGGCUGUGGUGUUUUGGAGGGGCUUGAAUUCAAAGUGGCCUUGGGCAGCACCUGGAAGGAGAACCUCACCGAGCUCAGCGGUGGCCAAAGAUCUUUGGUGGCCUUGUCUCUCAUUCUGGCCAUGCUGCUGUUCAAGCCCGCUCCCAUCUACAUCUUAGAUGAGGUGGAUGCUGCGCUGGAUCUCUCACACACGCAGAACAUCGGACAGAUGCUGCGCACACAUUUUAGACACUCCCAGUUUGUGGUGGUGUCCCUGAAGGACGGCAUGUUCACCAAUGCCAACGUCCUGUUCAAGACGAAGUUUGUCGACGGCAUGUCCACAGUGACCCGGAGCACGCUCAGCCAGAGUGAUGCCACCCUGCCCCAGAAAUGCCACGACAAGGCCCGACAAAAAGACAAGAGGAACAAGCAGCUCAUCUGCUAAUCAUGCCACUGAAAUAGCUCAACAGUAUAGUCAUAUUUGAAAUGUGCUCUGGUUUUAUUUGUCCUAGAAACCAUGUUGUGUAACACAUGGUAUCUGGCCAUGACGUCUGGCAAUCAGUUGUGUGUGUAUAUACCUGUUUUCCUCUGUAGAGUUUGUCGGUGCAUUUACCACUUUGACACAGAUCUGUUUCCUGCUGGUUUUGUCUUGGUGCCAUGUGAGCUGUAUGUGAGCAGGUUGUUACCAUUUUUGUAUAUUUUAAACGUUUAACUUUCUAAACUUU